CUGUGCAUACUGUACACGUUGUUCUAAAGACAAAUUGUGUCGAUCUGUGCCUGGCCAUAGGCGCUUGACCAAAAACUUAGGCUUUUGCCUCUGCCGGGGGUCCUUCCCCGAUAGAGGAGCUGAAACAUGGGCUUCGAGCUCAUGGGAUGGUUGCAGCAGAAGCAAGCGGAGCAGCAGCAAGGGGCCGCGACCACAGACGCCGCUCCUGCCGCACCCGGCGCGCCGGCCGCUCCGGCACCUUCUGCACCGCCCUCUGUACCGCCCGCAGCCGGUGCCAGCCCUGCACUCGCGACUCCCGCCGGCACCAGCCGUAUCACCGCGCCGCACAGCCAGGCUGCUGCGGCGCUGGCCGCAGCGCUGUCGGGAGGGCUGCCGGAGAAGAAGCAGCUGCAGCCGCACGGCACGCCCAUCACGCCACACCAGGAGGUGCUGGAGUUGGAGCGUGGCAAGGGCGACUCGUACGACUCGCUGAUGGUCUCAAAGAUCGCCAACGUGAAAAGUGAGAUCAGCCGGCGCCACGGGCACGCCAUCGCGGUGGACGCCAACUACAUUUGCUACGGCCUCAAGGGCGGCCAGAUCCGCAUCCUCAACCGCCACACCGGCGCGCGCACGCUGCUCAAGGACCACGCCGCGCCCGUCACCGACCUGCGGUUCUUCCGCCACGACGCCGAGCGCUGCCUGCUGGCGUCCGUGGACACAACCGGCCAGGUGCACGUCCGCAAGGUGUAUGAGGAGGACACCGGCGGCGAGGACACGCAGGUCCGUGAUGAGAUCCUGGCCCGCCACGAGCUGCCCAUCCCCACCUCCGGCCCCGCCGCGCACCCGCCCGCGCGCCUGGCCUGGCACCCCACCUACGACUUUGUCCUGGCCGUGGCCGCCGGCCCCACCAUCUACUUCAUCAACGUCCCGCCCACCGCCGACGUGGCGGCGGCGCCCGAGUACGCGGCGCCGGUGGCGGCGGCGCGCAGCGCCGACGGCGCCACGCUCAUCACUAACGUGGCGUUCUCGCCCGACGGGGGCCUGCUCGCGGCGGGUGACGCGGCCGGGUACGUGUCGGUGUGGGCGCUGACGGCGGACCAGCUGGAUCCAGCCCUGAUUCAACCGCUGGCGCCGGAGCCCGACAUCCGGUUCCAGGCGUACGAGGAGGCCGCCGGCUCCGCCAGCGGCGGCUCCGCCGGCAGCGCCGACGGCGGCGCGGCGGCCGGCGAGGGCGCCGCCGCGGGUGCGGUGGUGUCCUUGCAGUGGCUGACGCGCGGCGGCGGAGCUGCCGCCGCGGGUGCCAACGGUGCUGAGGGCGGCGCGGCGGCGGCCGCGGACGCUGCCGGCCCGCGGGUGCUGCUGACCGGCGACGGCGUGAACGCGCACGUGAAGCUGUGGGCUGUGGACCUGUCGUCCAAGCCCACAUGCACGCACGCGCUGCGCCUGGUCAGCGCCGCCGGCGGCGGCGCCGCCGCCUUCUUCAACCACCUGGAGACCCAACCGCUGUACGACUGCGUCGUACUGGCCAACGAACUCCGCAGCCACGUGUGUGUGCUGCACGUGGACCUGGGCGCCGGCGGUGCCGCCGCCGGCGUCAGCGACGGCGGCGCCUCGCCUUCGGCGGCGGCGGUCGCCGCCGGCGCGCACUUCGACUACUGCACCGAGUUCAACCUGGCGAUGCCGGUGCUGUCGGCGACGCUGGUGCCGGAGGUGUUUGUGGACGAGGCGACGGAGGCGGACGCGUUCCACAUGUACACGAUCCAGGGCGAGGCCGUACAGCAGUACACGCUCGUGCCGCAGCUAUGCUUCCCCUGCGCGCCCGCCAGCGGAGAGGCGGCGGCGGCGGACGGCGCCGGCGGCGCCGCCGACCAUGGCCACCACGCGCACGCGCCGGCGUCUUCCUCCACGUCGCACGGGCGCGGGCACACCGCGGACGGAGGCGCGGCGGGCUCGUCGGUGCUGACGCCUGUGGUCCGGGACCCGCUGGCGGCGCUGCUGGCGGGGCACGCCGCCGGCGUCGGCGCCGUGCCCAAGCCGAAGGAGGUGGAGCCGAGCGAGGCGGCGACGGCGGUGGUGGCGGCUGUGCCGCCGGCGCCCGCGCCCACGCCGGCGACGGGGACGGGGACCACGGUCACGCCAGCGACGUCGGCGCCGGCGCCGCUGGUGGGCAUGCCCUCCGACGUGUCGGACGCGACCAGCCCGCCGGCGGCUGCCGACGCCGCGCCAAGGGUCGCCGUGUCGGCGCCAGCGGCGCCCGGCAAGGCGGCGGCGGCGCCCGAGGUGUCGCCGCUGGGUGGCCGGGCCUCGCUGCUGCUGACACCCAGCCAGCUAAUGCAAUCGGCGGCCGCUGCCGCGGCGGCGCGUAGCGCAACCACCUCCAGCGCUGGCGCGGGUCCCAGCAGCGGCAGCGCGCCGCCAGCGCCAGCGGUGCCGCCACCAGCGGCACCGUCGCCGCCAGCGCCGUCCGCCGCUACGGUGGCGCUGCUCGGCGCCGCCGGCUUCGGCUCGGCCGGCGGCGCGGCGGCGGCGGCAGCUGCUGCCGCGGCGGCGGAUGAUGGCUACAGCAUCAUGACGACGGCCGGCGGCGACAACGAGUCGGUGGGGAUGACAAGCAGCCUGCCGACGCCGUCGGCCAUGACGCCAGUGCUGUCGGACGCCAACCUGUCAGCCACGGCCGCCGCGGCGGAGGAGGCGGAGGUGGCGGCGGAGGCCGAGGCCGAGGCGGAGGCCUCAGCCGCCGAGGCGCUGGCGGCGGUGGCGGCGCUGCCGACGCAGGCGCCGCCGACGUCCAUGCCGCCGCUGCCGUCGGCACAGCUUGUGCGCAAGGUGUCGCAGGGCAAGACGUACGUCCUCAUGCCUGGGCAGCAGCCCGGCAAGGGCGACGCCGUGCGCGAGGUAACGGCGGCGGCGGUGACGCAGCCGCUCUCGACUGCAGCUGCCGCCCCGGUCCCUGCCCCCGCCCCUGCGGCGGCGCCGGUUGCUGCCGCACCUGAGGCGGCCUCGACAAGCGGAGCGGUGGCGGCGCCGGUGGCGGUUGACGCGGCCGCCAUGGCGGCGUUUGCAGCACUGCUCGAGCAGGUGAGCGCCGGCCAGCGCGAGGUGCUGAAGCUGGUGCAGGCCGAGGGGCGCCGCAGCGCCGCCGCCAGCAAGGCCGCGGCGGAGGCGGCGGCUGCAAAGGCGGCGGAGGCGGCGGCUGCAAAGGCGGCGGAGGCGGCGGCGGCAAAGGCGGCGGAGGCGGUGGUCAAGCGCGCGGCCGAGGAGCGGCGCAAGGAGGCGGCGGAGCUGCAGAAGGCCAUGGCGGCGGUCAUUGCCGGCGUGACCAAGGACCUGUCCCAGCGCGUGGCGGACGCCGCCGCCGCCACCACCUCCGCCGUCAAGGCCGCGCUCGGCCCUGCCGUCCGCGCCGCUGUGGCGGAGGCGCUGCCCGCCGCACUGUCCACACACGCCGCGCAGUCCGCCUCGGCCUCGGCCUCCGCGCUGGAGCGCGCGCUGGGCUCGCAGCUGGCGGCGUCGCUACCGCGCGCGGUGGCGGACGGCCUCGGCGCCGCCUUCACUGGCGCUGUGGUGCCGCCGGUGGAGCGCGCGACGGCGGCCAUGUUCGGCCAGAUGGAGGCGGCACUGCGCGCCGGGCUGGAGCAGCACCUGUCGCCGCUGGCGCCGCUGAGCGGGCUGAGUGGGCAGCUCAAGGACGCGGCGGGCCAGGUGGCGGCGGCGGCCAAGCAGCUCAAGGGCGAGGCCGGCGCGGCGCAGGCCGCCGCCGCCACCGCCGCGCGCGCGGCCACCGCCGCCGCCGCGGCGGCAGCGGAGGCCGGCAAGGCGGUGGCGGCUGCGCCGGCGGCCGCGGCGGCUGCGCCGGCGGCACCGGCGCUAGCGCCGGCGCCUUCGGCCGCUCCUAGCAAGAGCGGGAAGGGUGGGAAGGAGGAGAAGGCCGACAAGGGUGACAAGGGCUCUCGCGGCGGCGCGGACGCAGCGGCGGUGACAGCGGCAGCCGCCGCCGCGGCGGCGGCCGCGGCGACCGCCGCCACUGCCACCCCCAGCAGCAAGCCCGCAAACAAGCAGGCGCCGCCGCCGGCACCUGUGGUGGCGCCGCCGGCGCCCGCGCCCGCGCCGGCCCCCGCGCCGGCACCUGCGCCUCCGGCUCCCACCGCGGCGCUGACGCCAGCGGCCUCCACGACCAGCAGCUCGGCGUCGGCGCCAGUGGCGCCACCAGCGGCGGCGGCGGCCGCGCCUGCCGAGGUCGACCCAGUGCUUCGACAGCAGAUCGACGGCCUGCUCAAGGCGGGCGAUGUGAACAGCGCGAUGUCGCGCGUGCUGGAGCUGCAGGACCUUCCGCUGGUGCUGUGGGCCUGCCGCGAGGCGGGCGGCGCCGGCAUCCUGGCGGCGGAGCCGUGCCCGCUGGCGCAGCCCACGCUGCUGUCGCUGCUGACGUUCCUCUCCUUCGACCUCAGCGCCGACGUGGACCUCAAGCUGGGCUGGAUCGACGCCAUCCUAAAGCGCCUGGAUGUGCGCGAGCCCGGCCUGGCGCCCCACAUUAGGAGCGUGCUGGACAACGUGAAGCAGACGCUGGUGGGCAUUGCGCGCGGCGGCACCGGCCCCACCGCCGCCAAGGCCAAGUCGGCGGUGCACCAGGUCAUUGGCCUCAUCACCAUGCUGUCGUGAGGAGGAGGAGGAGCAGGAGGACGAGCAGGAGGAGGAGGCUGAAGUGGUGAGGCAGUGAACCGGCGGUAGGCAUGGAGGAUGCUAACGGUUGUACAUGCAGGGAAAAUGGUGUGGAAAUGCUCCGGUGGGGUGUCCGUGGGUGGGUGCGGGUGAGUGGGUGGGGGCCGGACCAGUUUGGAUUUUGAGCUAUGACCAAAUGCGCGCAAAGGUUACAUGGGUACGCGCAACGAAUCUAACACUGUGGGGAAGGUGCAGCCGUGGAGAGCGCUCUCUCUCUGGCACUUUGCAUGGGAUUGUGGGGUUCACGUUCGGACGCGUGAACUUCCGGGAACACCAUGAUGGAUAGCAUCAGCUUUGCAGGUAGGUUGCCUAAAAUGCAAUGACAAGGCUGGCCGACUUCAGAAUCAUUCGAUGGGAGGAGGCAGGAACACGACCUGUUAGGCGACACAGUGCAUGGGGAGGAUUGUAGAAACAUCAUGCUGCAAUGCAGCCGCCUGCAGGGCAGCCGUAGUGACUUGGAGUUGGAGGCAAACACCUGAGGGUGAAGGUCGGGUAUAAGCAUGUAAGGCACCACUACUCCAGCACUUAGCGGCACUGCCGGAAUCGUGUGUACACGGCACGAUAGGGGAAUUAUAAGGCCAUGAUGAAUGGGAAUAAAUGGCUAAUUGGCAGGUAGGAUGUCUGAGAUGCGGGAACAAGGAGGUUGGCUGGCUGAAGGAAUGCGCAUGGAUUGGACGCUGACAAGUGCAUUCAGGUAACGUGGCCGACAAGAGCAGGGGUUCCCCUUGACCAGAGGCAUGGGGAGGGCGGCGCUGCAGCUAACGCUACCAUUUA